AUGAACCAACAUGUGAAAUGGCCAAAAGGGAAAAGAUUUGAAGAUGUUUUUGUGGAAAUUCUUAAGAAGUAUGGAUAUAAAGGUUCUUAUAUGUCAAAAGAAUGGCUUAAACAGCCUUGUUUUAUUCAGUCGUUUGCCCCAUCAUCACUUGUUCAUAUCCACAACAAAACCGAUCUACCAAAGAUUUUUCUCAUUGAUGACGUGGACACGUAUCAGGAAAUCACUUCCGAUCGUUAUUUCAACUAUAUCAGGGAAUUUGUCAUCGGAAUUGGCCCAUGGAAGGAUACAAUUGUUCCCGUGAAAGAUAACUACAUCGAAACGCCGACUGAUCUCGUGGAUAGAGCACACGCAUAUAAUCUACAGGUGCACCCAUACACAUUUCGCAACGAAAACAAGUACAUGUUCGACAAUUCCCCUAAUUUGGACUCAGCAAAAAUACCUCUAAUUUGGGAGGAAGUAAAUUGGGGUUACUGGAUUUACUAA